CUGGGUCUACAUGUUCUUGCUGCUUUGCCUUUGCCUUGGCUGCAACGUUGUUCUGCGUUACAUGAGUAGCCUCUGUUGAUCUUAGAAGUCCUAUUUAUGUGUAAACAGUUAGAUUCUACUUCUCAGAUCAUGAAAGAGUUUCCUUCACUUAGGGACAACAAUCUGAUUCUUGCACAUGCGGCUAAAGCCAUUGCCGUUAACAUGAAUCCUCCUGUUAGCGAACAACGUGCCCCUAUGGUGGUUCCCAGAACAAAGCAGAAAACACAAACGGGCAUGCCUGCAAAAUUAAAUUUUAGUCACAGCCUCAGCAACUUGCAGAAAGAAGCUCGCCGUGAAUUUUCAUGGACACCUCGUGAUAGUGGUACUAAGACUAAUUGGAAGGAACCAUAUCGUAAGCGGAAAAGCUUAGGAUUGUCUCCAUCUGCAAAUACUUAUUGGGAAGCAAUGGCCAAUAUUCAAGAGGAUCGUAGUUCGGUUAAUGCACUUGAUGGACAAGAAAGGUUUCCCUCUAUUGCUACUUCUGAAAGAUGGGUACUCACAGAACCCAAUCAUUCAUUUCUUGUGGUUCACAAUGAUGGGGAGGAUGAUCUACAUGCCAAUAUCACCAUUGCAGGUUCUUCUUUUCAGCAAGUGAAGCAACUUAAGCAACAUGGGAAACUGAAGGUUAUCUUGCCAGUUGUUGGUUCCGAAGUAUCAAAAGCAAUUUUGAAUGCUGGAAAUGGGGAAUGUGUACUUCAGAGGAAACAAUCAUUGAAUAACAUAUUCCAGGACUUGCCCUUAAAUGCAUCUCUUGUGACACCUACGUAUGGUGCAUAUUUCUUGGCUUUUGCUGUGCUGACAGUUGGUGGAACCUAUCUCUGUUGUAAACUUAGAAGACAAAGACAGCGCCAUGGUGGUGUUAGAUACCAGGAGCUUGAGAUGGGUUUGCCAUAAUCAGACAUUCCAGGCACUACCACCUCAUGGAAGCUGGAAUCUAGUCCAGCUGAUGGUUGGGAUCGAGAUUGGGAUGAUCGUUGGGAAGAUGAUGAAUCAGCAACACCCAACAGACCCAUGAGUCGCCAUGCCUCUAGAGCCACUGAAAAAGAUGGAUGGGAACAAUUGGGAUGAUCGAUAGCCUUCUAGUUAGAGUUGGAAAAGGGAAGAAAUAUAUGUUAUUUUUUGACUGGUCAAGAUGGUCCAUAUUUUUAUUCUAGUUAAGAGGGAAGUUCUUUUGGGCAUUUGAGUGGAAAGGAUGUGACAAUACAUGAAAUCAAAGCUCAUGAAUGCUGACAUUCACCUCUACUGCUAGACGUUG